AUGAGACUUCGGAACAGCAUUCGACCCUCAGCACGAUACGGUUCCGGUUUCAUCUACACGUCGCCAUCAGACAUGUCCUUGCGAAAGAGAAGGAUUCUUUGUCCGCUUGUUGAAUUUGAUCCGAAUCUACCUCCUGCCGCCUUUCCCACCCUAGAUAUUCAACGUGAGCGUCGCUUGAGCUAUGCCAGAGGUAUCCAUGGGCGGGAUAGUCUACCAUCGAACGACUCGAGUCGGGUGUUAGGCAGUAGUUGUCGAGGCGGACAGGAUGGUGAUGAGGCGGAACAGGCGGACUCUCAAGAAGUUCCCCUCGAUCACCUCGAGAACUACGCGGCGAGUAAUGGGGUGCAUAACCCGGUCUAUGCGAGGAAUAUGGCCAUCCUCGGGGCUUUGAAGGGGGACUCAACAUCGUCUUUGGAGAAAGAGAUGGAAGAUAGUGACCUCGAAGUGGCGGCGAAUAGUAAUAAGCAGCAAGGAUGUUCUGGGACCACGCUCCCAGUUCCAGACCCAUCUUGGAAAGACAUCUGUCCUCAGAUGCAAGUUGAGAUAUUUGUUAAUCUUCUUCAAUACCACAGAUGGUGGGAUGCCUCCGAGAUGCUGGGUUUCGCAGUAGAAGACCACGAAAACCUUCGAAUGCUCCUGGCUGAGCGGAACGAGCAGACUGACCUGGAAGAGACGGGGCUAUCAGAGAUGAGGGAAAGGCAACUGAGGGCGCUUCUCAUGAUCGGCAAGAGCAAUCGCAGGCAUGACCAGUCAUUCCCUCCGCUUGUCUUCCGCAAAAUUUCCCGGCAGACCAGUCGCAUCUUGAAGGAAAUCCCUGAGACAGACUACAUCACAUGCCCAGCUAAGGAUGUCGCGGAUGCGAAGAUAUUCUUGCAGAAACGGGGAAUAGAUGACAGGUUCGUGGGAGAAUGGGCCGACUGCAUCAACCCACUGGAGCCCUCACGAAAUUACACAGGACCCGAAGCACUGCCUUCAGGAGAGCUAGAGCCCGAAUCUGCGGUCAGUACAAACAGCCCAAAUUUCUCCAGCAGUAACAUGCUCGGCUCCUUGAAGACUACGCAGCACUCCCCGGUCAACACCGUCGAGACCUCCUCUGCGACGGGGACCACGGAUCUGUUACAGAGCUCGGAUGACUUGGACCUGCCUUCGGAGUGGCUAACCUUUCUUCAUCAGAAUUACUCACCUGCAGUAGAAUCUUUCCGGCCGGCACCCCAGAACGAUGGGCUGAUUCGCCUCCGGGUGAACGCAGAGCGAGCUGCCGAGGUCGAGAAACCAGAGCGGGUCCAUUGGGAACCAGCGAAGCUGUGGCAUGAAUUUCCGCCGCUGGAUCUCUUCUUCUAUGAUCCACCACCAUCAGGUCUCGACGCAAGUGAUAUAAACCCUACCCCCGAGCCGAAGACGGACGGUAACCCGCAGAAUCGGCUGGAAUCAACGUGUGAAACCCACUUUGACAGUGCCCCAGCGGUCCCACUGGUAACCUCCUCGAUGAGACUCCAGCAGAGAUCGGAAGAGGUCCGUGUAGAGGCUUGGAGAGAAAAGCCUGAUGACUACUAUGAUACUGAUAUCAGUGGACUAAUCGCAACCCUAACCCCCAUCAGUCGGUCGGCCUCGAAAUCACCGGGACUAAUCCAACCCGACGAUGAUCAGAUCAGCGUCAAUUUUUCUGAUUGGGUGCGCAGUUCUGCAUAUGAUUCAGACUCUGACGAUCCUGCGAGUGAUGUUGCAACGGAGAUGUCCGAUGAGGGGAACACCGCAACAUCGUCAGUCACUCCCAGCACGUUAGACGGCCUUUCCGGGCUCUUACUGUCCACUGAGGAUAAAUCCCCCAAAACGGAAGAAGAGGAGAGCAGCGCGGAAGAGGAUGAGAUGGUCCUGCUCCCGGUAGGACCAAUACUCAGAUAA